AUUGCCACAAGAUCGCGACGCUUCAACGGACUAGCAUGGUCGGGAACCAGGAAGUCGCUCUCUGCGUGGACGGCCAUGACGCCGACGACGGCUUCCUCACCAAGAUUGCGCCGACGUUUGAGGAUGAGCGGGAUCUCGUGGGCCAAUUCGAGCAUGCUGUCGGCGUCGGGCAGCGCCUCUUUCACGAGCUCUACGCUUUUCGCAGCUGUGCCCGCGCCUUGCCCAACGUCUCGGACGCCAAGGCGUACCGCGCCAUCUUUGAAGUGUUGCGUCCGCAGAUGCGCAAGUUGCAGCGGCUCUGCGCUUUCUGCCACGAGACAACGAUUCUAAUGAGUAGCAACAUGCAAAAGCUCACCGCCCAAGACAAUUGCACGCGCGUCGUCCCCGACACGCUCCUCGCAGCGUUCGUCACGGUGCUCGACGUGCUCUUCCAGCUCAAUCAGCUCUACGACAUCAAGUCGGGUCUCCGCAACGACUUUUCUGUCUUCAAGCGAGCGUUCCAGUCCAUCAAGGACGACAUGCCUGACGCGGCGACGAUUGCCUCCGAGCUUCAGACGCUGCAAGAGUUCCUCGGAAGUGCGUCCCACCCCAAGGGCUACAUCUUCAACGCCCUUCGCCACAACAUCCACAACGUCAAGCGCUUUGAACACGUCAUUUGCCUGCUUCUCAAGCACGUAUUGGUGCACCUCGAGAAGAAGAUGCACUUGGCCGCCGACAAGUUUCGCUACCUCCGCGUGCUCCCGUACCUGCUUCUAGUGCUCGACAAGGACGGUCAUGGCAAAGCCAAUACGUUCAAGGGCAACAAGGCUAAGCUCGAAGCGCUCGGCAAGUUCCUUCGACGCUACCCCGUACUGCCCGUGUACGCCGACAUGACGCUGCGGCCAGCCACUUUGCUGCAGGCGUCGAGCUUUGCCUUCCUCUUGCCGACAUCCGAGGCAAUGCCCGAAGCGUACGCUUUGGCGCCAUGGCGGCAGCGUGCCAAGAAGGAGCUGGACAGCUACCUUCCCCGCCUCGCCCUCGCCUUGCUGACGAGUCCAUCGGAUGGUAUCUAUGAGGUUGUCCUCGAAGGCCUCCAGCUUAUGAUUGAGUGGAAGAGUGCUCUCCAGCAGGGCGUCGCGUGGAAGCUGGAGCACCCGGCUGCCGCGACGGACAACCAAAGCAGCGCCUCGGCAGCCUACGAGAGUGUGACCAAGUUCAACUACUUGCCGUCCGAGCGCGACGGGCUCAUUGAGCUCAUUGUGAGCCUCAAGUCUCUGGGACACGCGCUGCGCCAGGCGCAUGCGUCGCACGGCACCGCCUUGCGCGCCGUUAUCUACACGCGGCUUCAGACGUUCGCGCAGCACACGCUGCUUCCGACGCUGCACCGCGCCGAUAAGAAGAAGAAACAGGCAGCCACCAAGCUCCUCCACGAGCUACGCUUGCUCGUCGGCGACUUCACGAAAAUGGAUCCGGACGACUACAAGCGAGGCCGAGCCGAUCGCGUUCUUUGCCCACUUCGCGCGAGAGCGGUGGCCCCGACGCAUGGGCAGCUCGUGCGCGCGCGUACGCUGACCCAGGCGCUCUACGACAAGCGCGGUGGUCUCAAAAGCAGUGCGUCGUGGAGCUGGUCGAGCCACCUGGACGUCGACAUGGCGGCGUUAAAGGCGUUUUACCUCGAGUCUAUCUUCUUUGCGCCCCUGUGUACACUCGAAGCAACCGUGGCGCGCCUCUGUGGUGUCGGCGACCUUUGGUACCGCGAGUUUUACCUCGAUUUGACCAAGUGCGUUCAAUUCCCGACCGAGCUCUCGAUGCCGUGGAUCCUGCUCGAACACGACCUCGGCGAGCACAACGGGCGGCGCCUCGCGUCGCUCCUCGACGUGUACAACGACGCUGCUGACAUUGCCUUGCGGCAGCUGCGGCAGCAGCAUCUCUACGACGAGGUCGAGGCCGAGACCACGCUGAGCUUCGACCAGCUCGUGUUCUUACUUGGCGCAACGACGUACGCCCGUGCGCGGCGAGGUGGCGAGAAGCACCCCACGUCCUUGGCGCCCGUGGCGACCGAGCGCCGGCUCUCGCUGCUCGGGCGAACACUGGAUGUGAAUGCACUCAUUGGCGACCACGUGCAGGCAGCGCUCUUGCGCGAAAUGGAGUCGGCGGUCGCUCGCCUCGAAGGCGCCGACCUCACCCACCUCGUGGCGUUUGAAAUGACCAUCGACGCGCUGCAGCAAGCCCACGUUCGGCUCUGCGAGGCGCUGCCGUUGGAUCCUUUCGACGCGAUGCUCCACGAGGUGCUGGACACGCGCGUGCUGGCGUUCACGCGCAAGGAGCUCUUUGAAAACGUCCUGCCGCGCUACGGCUACGACGCCCUCGGAGCUGUGUUCCACGCCUCCGCCCACGGCAACAUCGGUCGCACGCACCUCGCUUGCCUCGCGCGGUUCAUCGGCGUCGCCGACCUUUGCCGCAUGGCCCACGACGCCGUGCGCGACGUCGACGCCAAGAUCCAGGACGUCCUCCCGCUGUGUGUGCACGCUCUCGUGGCCGCCGUGCCGCCUUGCUCGCUGCCCAAGUUUCUCUACAAGACGGAAGGCUGCCUCAUGUACUUUGAGGGCAAAUUCCAGUCGAUCCUUCUGGACGUCGACCUCCAGGGCCACCUCUUUCAGUGCUUUCGAGAGCUCGGCAACACCCUCGCGCUGCUCUCGCUCCUCGACGAGACACUGGCCGAGAUGGACCGUGGCGCGGCUCUGCUUGCGCGUCUCAUCGAGGGCAUGGCGUCGGCGCUUCGACGCUACGGUUUUCUGGCGUCCUGGGGACCGCCGACAAGCGGCGGGUAUUGCCAUGCGUGGGGCGCCCUCGAGUUCCUGCUGCACUACAGCAGCGACGUGGACGAUGGCGUCGCACUGGCCGGCGCGACGCUCCUGGAGCUCCUCGGGCAGCGAGAGCGGUACGCGCUUUGCAGCAGCACGCAACAUCUCCUCCACGUGCAAGACGCGUACAACGCGGUGACGCUCUGCAGAGACGAUGGGGUCGGCCGCGCCGACGACGCGACGACGCGCCGGACGCUGGCGUUUCUCGCACAGGCCAAACGAUCGCAGGUCGUCCUCGAAGCGUGGCUUGCAUCCCUCGAGAUGCUGCGCACAUGAAUAGUCAACGUCUCCAGUCAGCAGCCAUGCAUGCGACGAAGCGCCGCGAAAGACACGAUGUCGAGAUAGUAUUACACAAAGAGAUGCAGUCCAUUUCGUC